AUGCAAUUCAACUUCUUAACAGCUUUAGCAGCAGGACUUGCUACUGCCAAUGCAAUUGGUGAUCUUGCAUUCAACUUGGGUGUCAAGGACAACUCCGGAAACUGUAAAACUGCUGACGAGUUCAAAUCUGAUUUGGAAUUGAUUAAAGGUUCCUCUUCAAUCGUCAAAACUUAUGCUGUAUCAGAUUGCAACACUUUACAAAACUUGGGUCCAGCAGCUGAAGCCGAAGGUUUCCAAAUCAUGUUGGGUAUUUGGCCAACUGAUGACUCUCAUUUUGAAGCUGAAAAACAAGCCUUGCAGCAAUACUUGACCCAAAUCUCAUCAUCAACAAUUAAAAUUUUCCUUGUUGGUUCAGAAGCUCUUUAUAGACAAGACUUGACUGCUGAGCAAUUAUCUGACAAAAUCAAUGAUAUCAAGCAAACCGUCAAGGACAUCAAGGACAAAGAUGGAAACUCCUAUGAAAAUGUUCCAGUUGGAACUGUUGAUUCAUGGAACAUCUUGGUUGAUGGUGGAUCCAAGCAAGCUAUUGAAACUGCUGACGUUGUUUACGCCAAUGCCUUCUCAUACUGGCAAGGACAAACCAACCAAAAUGCCUCAUACUCCUUCUUUGAUGACAUUAUGCAAGCAUUGCAAACCAUCCAAACUGUUAAAGGAUCCACCGAUAUUGAAUUCUGGGUUGGUGAAACUGGUUGGCCAACUGAUGGAUCAAACUAUGAAAGCUCUGAUCCAGGUGUUGACAAUGCUAAAAACUAUUGGCAACAAGCUAUUUGUGCCAUGAGAGGUUGGGGUGUUAAUGUUGCUGUGUUUGAAGCUAUUGAUGAAGCAUGGAAGCCUGACACCUCCGGUAUUUCUGACGUUGAAAAACACUGGGGUGUUUGGGAUUCCAACAACAAAUUGAAAUACAGCAUUGACUGUCAAUUUGAUUAA